AGUUUGUUUGUAGCACCGUUUACGUUUUUUUUUUUUUUUUUGUCUCCCUAACUGUUUUGUUUUGUCAUUUUUUUUUUGUCGCACCGCAUCUUCCCCGUAUGUCUUUCCCCAAUUGCGUCUUCCUUCAGAACAAUGGGGAACACACUAUACAGCAGCACAGGGUGCAGCUCCACCCAGCUGGACGAUAUGUACUCCAAGUACCUAAACAACCUUUACAACAUUUAUAGUUACUUGUUUAAGUAUGAGCACUUCGUCUUUAUGAAUUGCUACGCGUUGAAUUCCUUCUGCCAUGUCUUGGAGGGCAUCAACAACAACGAGGGACAUGUCCUUAUAAAGGUGUUCAAGCAGAGAUGCGAGACGCAAAAAAUAAAAAGGAUUCUUUACACGCUCAAGUUUCUCUUCUCCUUUGACCUCUUCCCAAAUGUCCUGCCCUACAACCGAAUGAGCGUGUACGAAAGCAACAUUUACAUCUACAGAACGUUUGUGCUUAAGAGUCUGGACCACUACCUUUUCAACGAGAGGAACCACAAGCCCUUCAAGCACUUCUUUCUGUUUCAAAUAUUUCUCGCCAUUAUCCAGCUGCACUCCCUGGGCAUCUACCAUGGCCAUAUAAAGAGCGAAAAUUUUCUUCUCCAGAAUGGCAUGCACAUACUCAUAACGGAUAUUAACAUAUUGAAUAAGUAUUUGUACUUCAUUCCAGGGGUGAGGUGCGAAGACAAAUGGAGCAGCCUACAGCAGCGCCUACAGAGACUGCAGGAUGACAUUUUCAACCUAGGGAUACUCGUUCUGGAAAUUAUGCUCAGUGAUAAGAGCGUUUCAUACGCAUUCCUGAAAGAGAACUACCAUGACAAGAACGAGUAUAACUUCUAUCGGGGUAGGAGUAGACAAGGCAUGUUCCAAUUUGUGGGAAGUGAAAACGGAGCAGACAAAACCAACGGAAAAGGAAAAUCCAGUGCAAAUGCCAAAGUGAAAAGAAUAAAAAGGAAGGAAGAUAAGGACUGCCACUUUGCCAGCAGUGGUAGCGCGGAAAGUGCGGAUCGCAUCAUCGACCUGUCGACAAAGAAGACAAGCCACAAUUUCGUGCAUGCACUCUCCCUACCGUUUAUAAACAAAAGAAUAAAAAACGAGGAGGAAAUUUUUUUUCAAGAGAACAAACACGUUAAAAUGAACAUAGACAAAUAUAGGCACUACAAUUACCACUACAUUAAUAGCGUAAAUUACAUUAACAUUUACAACGACUUCUACAACAAUGGGACUUUGCAUCCAGUGGGUGAGAACAAUUCGCACAGGGGAAGCCUCACUACUACAUAUGGAGAGAACGUGGUGAAUGAGCUUCCUCCUAGAAGUAGGACUGCUCUAUAUGGCCAAACGGAUGGGUUGGAUUCUUUGGGGGAGAUUCCCCAUGCGUAUAGCGAUUGUGAGGUACUCGGGGGAGAGACCAAAGGAGGGAGGAAAAACAGAGGUACUUACGAUAGACUCGAUUUGCACGUACCGCAAGAUUGGGGGUAUGGCAGCUCGAACGACGUGGGAGAACCUUCGGUGAAGCAAUCCCCCCUUGGUGAUGCAUCCCCCCCCCGUAGACGCGCCCGACAUGCAGACAGAAGAGAAAAGGGAGUGCCCUACAAAAUUUGGAAAAUUGUAAACGUAGCAAAACACCCAUUUAUUGUAUACUCCCUCAUCAAUCAUUUCUUCCUACAAAAAAAAAACAACAUUUUUAAAAUUUUCAAAUACUGGUCUUAUUAUGUCUUCCCGAGUACAUACAAGUACGUGUUCUUCCCUCUUACGAUAUUGCAGCUACACCCCGUCUUUAAGAACGCAGACCUUUUUAUUCUGCUGCUUCAUUAUAACUUACCUUUCAUUUUGUUCCACCUGGAUUUAUUUGCGCGAAAGGAACAGGACAAGUAUGACAUGCUACAAAUGGGGGGCAACCCAAAAGGGGAAGACGCAAAGGGAGCGUAUAAACUACAUCAGCCGAACCACCACGCAUGUGACGGAGGAAGCAGUUCGGGGGGUGCACAGGAAAAAAAAGAGACUACACCUCAGCAAACGAAACAACCGACGCUGCCACAAUACGCGGGUCGGCUCGCCCACUUCGUUGACGUGGUUAAGGAGUUCACCACGAGCGUGAACAAGCGGCAGAUGGAGACCUACAUCCGGGGCAGUGACUUGGGGGAUGACGUGAGGAUGCAGCUGCUGAAACAGUGGCGUGUGUGCAGGAGAGAAACCAAGGGAAGAUGCAGCCGAACCAGAGGAGUGUACCAUUCGACGUGCCUCUUUCCCUUCCCAACCUUAUCAUACAGGAACACCCACGAAUUUUACAGAAACUUUUUGUCCUUUUACAAAACGCUGUUUAAUGCAGUUUUUCACAAAGACCAGAGUUACAUUGAUAUAUUUAGCGGCUUGGAGAUCUGCAAGAGGGAAAUUUACGCACCCCUUUUUCGGGCUGCCCAUAUCAGGAGGAGUGCUGCCACUGGUUUACGAAACCCCAAGUGGAGGUUCAACGAAGACGUACUCCAACUUGCAAACAUGUUAAUCACGUCGUACCAAUCCCUUGCAUACGAGUCGACCAAGUUGCUCUGCCUUGAAAUGCUCUACUGCAUAAUUCACCACCUGAAUGAUAGUACCCUCAACAGAGAAAUCGCGUCUUUUCUACUUUUUUGCAUGAACAAGUCAGGUGAAAAAUUAAAAGUUAUGGUCAUCAAAUCCUUUUACAAAAUUAUGCACAACGAAAAUGCCUACGAACAUAUGUACCCCUACGUGGAAAAAUUCUUGCCGUCCUUUUUCUCGCUCAAGGAUAGUAAAGAAAAAAUGGAAAAAUAUUUUUAUGUGAAAUAUUUACCGCUAAUCGCCAAUGUGACCAUUCAGUAUAUAUAUAAUGUUAGUUUGUUAAAGAAGGGGGGAAAAAAGCAAAAAGAAAUUUCUAAGGAGGAGCAGGAUGGCCAGAAAACGAACCCUGAUGAGGUGACCAUCUCGGAAGUGAAGCACAUGGAUAUGUUAAAAACACUUCGCAACCAGUUAGUGCACAUUUUAAAAUACGCCACGGACGAAUCUAUUCUGUUUGAGUUUUAUGAGCACCUAAUCACCUUUUGCAAAAUCAUGAGCAGAAAAUGGGUCAAAAUAUAUAUCCUCCCUUAUUUACUAGCAAAUAUUUACAAGACGAAGAAUACCUUCAUCAGAGCUCUGUCCAUUCGGAUCACCCUGCGAAUUAUGUCCUACAUUAAUGACAGCGAAACGUACAAAAUGAUUUGUGCCUAUGUGAACCCAAUUCUUUUCGAGGGAAACGAAUUGGCCAUUCUUUUUUUGCUUUCCGAGUGUAACAUCCUCCUGCAGAAAAAUGUGCGAAAGGGAGGGCGCUCCACUGGGGUUCCACUCAGUGGCCACCAAAGCGAAACGACCGAAAGGACCAAACGGGGAAAAAGAAACAGAAGACGCAUAUUCUUCUUGCACAAACUUAAACUAAACCACCUCCGCAACCACCCCUCUGUCGCCAUUCGUGAUUUGGUACACACAGUCCAGGCCAAUCUAUACCAAAUGCCCCCCUAA